GCAAGGGGCCAAGAGAAAACUCCAUAUUGAUCCUCAUCAUAUAGUAAAAUUGUUACAUUAUAGUAUUAUAGAGGUGUAACGUAACUUCUCUCUCUAAAACUUUCUCUUUAACUUCUCUCUUCUAAAUCCUCCAGCCGCCUUCCUCCCUACACAAUCCAAACCCUCCCCGUCCAAGAUGUAACCGUGAUCUUGGUGGUGGGAUGAGGAGCUUCUCCCUCCUUCCUUCGCAUCACCGUUUCUUGCAGUCGAGGUGGGUUGUGCUACUUCCGGCGUCCGGCGCACCUCCGCGUUUUAACUUUCAUCGUCGCCGUUUUGUUUGAGCUACCGUCAAUUUGCAAAGGUCGUGGUUGUUUCUGUCCAAGCAGGUUGGAUGUUUGCAGAUCUGUCCACCUCUUGUUCUUGCAGAUCCGAUGGUUUCAAGGCUUGAAUGGGUUACGCUGCCGUGUUUUUUAUGUUGCGAUGGUGAUAUCUUCACCCUCUUGGGGUCGCUCCUUUUUCAGAGGGGAGGAUACUCGAAAGACUUUCGUUUCUCAUCUCUAUGCUGCACUCACAAAUGCAGCAAUCCGCACUUUUCGUGACGACAAGGAGCUUAGAAAGGGAAAUAAGCUGGAACCAGAAAUAAAGAGAGCAAUAGAAGGGUCUCGGAUAUCUAUCGUUGUUCUCUCACCUUACUAUGCAGGAUCUAGCUGGUGUCUUAACGAACUUGUACACAUCCUGCAUUGCAGCCAUACUUAUGGGCAGGUGGUUAUGCCCGUAUUUUACCAUGUUGACCCAUCGCAUGUCCGUAAGCUGGAAGGUAAUUUUGGAACAAUUUUUGAACUCCAUGCAAUUCAUAGAGAGCAUGAACUGUUGUCCAAGUGGAAGACCGUACUCACUGAAGUUUCAAAUCUGUCUGGCUGGGAUCUCAACAAUAUCAGUAAUGAAGGUGAACUAGUGAAGCAAAUUGUUGAGGACACUUUGGCAAAACUAGAUAUCUCAUUGUUGUCUAUUACUGAAUAUCCGGUUGGAUUGGAUUCCCGUGUGCAACAAAUUACCAAGUUUAUUGAUCAUCAAUCAACAGAAGUCUGUAUGAUAGGGAUAUGGGGAAUGGGUGGAUCCGGGAAAACAACCACGGCCAAAGCUAUCUACAAUCAAAUCCGUUCUAGAUUUAAGGGUAGAGCAAGUUUCAUCGAAAGUAUUCGAGAAGUUUGUGAUAAUAAUAAUAGAGGGGUUAUUCCUUUACAACAACAACUUCUUUUAGAUCUCUUGAAAAUAAAACAAGAGAUUCAUAGCAUUGCCUCAGGGAUAACUAAGAUUGAGAAAAGACUUCGAGGACAAACAGUUUUUGUCAUACUUGAUGAUGUGACCACAUCUGAGCAAUUAAAAAACCUGUGUGCAGAUCCUAAGUUGUUCGGUUCGGGAAGUGUAUUGAUUAUUACAACUAGAGAUGGACGCCUUCUCAAAUCACUUAGUGGUGACCAUAUCUUCACAAUGACAGAAAUGGACGAAGACCAGUCCCUUGAACUUUUCUGUUGGCAUGCUUUUCAAAAACCAUAUCCAAGAUAUAGUUUUAGUGAACUCACUAAAAAUGUAGUUGGUUAUUGCGGAGGAUUACCACUGGCUCUUGAAGUCCUUGGAAGUUACUUAUCAAAGAGGACAACCCGAGAAUGGAGAAGUGCACUAUCAAAAUUAGAGAAAAUUCCCAACAAUGAAGUGCAACAGAUAUUGAGAAUCAGCUAUGAUGGUUUACAAGAUUAUACACAAAAGGACAUAUUUCUUGACAUAUGUUGUUUCUUGAUUGGAAAGAACAGAGCUGAUGUUACAGAGAUACUUAAUGCAUGUGGACUUCAUGCUGAUAUUGGAAUAUCUAUUCUCAUAGAGCGCAGCCUCCUAAAAGUCGAAAAGAAUAACAAGCUUGGAAUGCAUGAUUUGCUCAGAGACAUGGGAAGAGCAAUUGCUGGUGAAAGUUCAAUCAAAGAUAUGCGAUUGUGGUUUCAUGACGAUGUGCUGCAUGUAUUGUCAAAAAAAACCGGAACAUAUACUAUUGUGGGAAUGAUUUUGAAGUACCAAAGAACAGGCAGAAUUAUAUUUGGUACUGAUUCUUUGCAGGAGAUGCAAAAGCUGAGACUUUUAAAACUUGAUGGUGUUCACCUUAUGGGAGAAUAUGGGUUAAUUUCCAAACAACUGAGAUGGGUUGAUUGGCAACGAUCUGCUUUCAAAUUUAUACCGAAUGACUUUGAUCUGGAAAAUUUAGUUGUUUUUGAAUUAAAACAUAGCAAUCUUAGACAAGUUUGGCAGGAGACCAAGAUAUUAGACAAGCUGAAAAUUCUCAAUGUCAGUCAUAAUAAGUACUUGAAAAUCACCCCAGACUUUUCAAAAUUACCGAAUCUAGAAAAGCUCAUUAUGAAGGACUGUCCGAGCUUGUCUGAGGUACACCAGUCCAUUGGGGACCUCAAGAGUCUCGUUCUGAUAAAUUUGAGGGACUGUACAAGUCUUGCCAAUCUCCCAAGAGAGAUCUAUCAAUUGAAAUCAGUGAAAACUCUCAUUAUUUCUGGUUGUUCAAAGAUUGACAAAUUGGAAGAAGAUAUAUUGCAAAUGGAAUCCUUGACAACUCUAAUUGCAGCAAAUACUGGUGUCAAACAAGUUCCUUUUUCGAUUGUUAGAUCAAAAAGCAUUGCAUAUAUAUCUCUAUGUGGAUAUAAAGGAUUAUCGUCUGAUGUUUUUCCUUCUCUCAUUUGGUCAUGGAUGUCACCAACCAGAAAUUCCCUAUCCCGUAUUUCUCCGUUUGCAGGCAAUUCAUUGUCUCUAGUUUCCUUGCAUGCGGAAAGUAAUAAUAUGGACUAUCAAUCACCAAUGCUUACCGUCCUUUCAAAGCUUCGAUGUGUUUGGUUUCAAUGCCAGUCAGAGAAUCAACUUACUCAAGAAUUAAGAAGAUUUAUUGAUGAUCUAUAUGAUGUGAAUUUUACUGAGUUGGAAACAACAUCACAUGGACACCAAAUCACAAAUCUUUCCUUGAAAUCAAUUGUGAUUGGAAUGGGAAGUUCCCAAAUAGUCAUGGAUACUCUUGAUAAGAGCUUAGCACAGGGUUUGGCAACCAAUUCUAGUGAUUCUUUCCUUCCGGGUGACAAUUAUCCUUAUUGGUUAGCCUAUAAAUGCGAAGGACCUUCAGUACAUUUCGAAGUGCCUGAGGAUAGUGGUUCCUGCAUGAAGGGAAUAGCUUUGUGUGUUGUUUAUUCGUUAACACCUCAAAACCUGCCAAUUGAAUGUAUCACUAGUGUCUUAAUCAUUAAUUACACAAAACUCACUAUCCAAAUUUACAAGCGUGACACAAUAAUGUCUUUUAAUGAUGAAGAUUGGGAAGGUGUAGUGUCAAAUUUAAAAGUUGAUGACAAUGUGGAGAUUUUUGUAGCUAUUGGGCAUGGAUUGACUGUUAAGGAGACGGCUGUCUAUCUAAUAUAUGGUCAGCCAGCUGCUAUGGAAAUUGAACCAAUACCUGAAGUGGAGGUGCAACCAUCACUCGAUGUGAAAACGGAGUCAUCCCCUGGAGCGGAAGCGCAAUCAUCACCUGAUGUGAAAAGGAGACGGCUAUCGAUUACUGUGGAAGUUAAGCCAUUGCCUAAGCCAUAUGAAAUCUUAACAAGACUUGUAAAGAGAGUUUUGCUGAAAUGUUUAUGUAUGGAUUAGAGUAGACGUUCCAACAAUUUUUUGUUGGGCGUACCUUUGUCCUUUGUGUUUUUCAAUAUUUUCUGUGAACUAGGAAAAAUAGUGGCAUGUUUUAUAUCAUAAAAGAGUUUAUAUAUGAAUUGUGUGGUUAUUGUUUGUUUCAAAUUUCAAUUAAUGUGGCCAUGAGAUUUUGUUGA